AUGGCGCUGGCCCGCUUCUUCGCCUGCAUCUCACUGUACAGCUCGACAGUACCCAUCACGGCAUGUAUUGAAACCCUCUGCAGCCAACAGCACACCAUCGUUCCAUCGGCUCCAUCAAUUACGGCAUCUAGAAAUCGACCUCGUGGACCCCCGUGCCGUCCAAAGCUACCUGCUGCCUCUAAAGCCUCGCAUCUUGCCGAUUCAUACCUCUUCGCUUCCGGUGCGACGGCAACAAGCGGCAUCCACACUGGCAUCCCGCAGAGUGACACCAUCGAGUAUAGCUCUCUCAGCCCGCGAGUUACGUCUCUUUCCUCUCGACAUCUCUUCGUCGAGACCGACUCCGGGAUCAGGGUUCGACGGACAAGCGAUUGA